CUGUGACUACUUCGACGUCGAUUUAAAUUAAAUACGGUCGCUUAGGUUACCAGGAUCGGAAGUGAAAAGAGCCAGUGACGAAGUGACGACGACGACCACGAGCACUACGGAGACACUAGACGAAGAAACGAAUCGACCGAUCAUGGCUAAAAGCGCUGAGAGGCUACCUGGCACGUCGACCAGGAUCAGGACCAGGGACGACGGCUGUUGCUCCGUCAACUUCGUGAAAUAUGUCCUGCAUAUAUACAACGUGGUGUUAUUCUUGUCUGGACUGGUGGUGGGCGGGAUUGGUAUCUGGACAGUGAUUUCGAAGCACAGCUACGUGUCCCUGAUGACGACCUCGACGUAUCCGACGCUUGCCUACGCUUUGAUCGUCGCAGGUGUCCUGGCUGUGGUCGGUAGCUGGCUCGGAUGCGGCGGUGUAACUUCUGAAAAUAGAUGCGUUCUCCUCAUAUACGUGUUUGUGGUGAUGCUGGUGUUCGUGCUGGAGGCAGGUGUCGGCGCCCUAGCGCGGCUCUACGAAGAACAAGUCGGUCCUGAAUUGAAGAUGAAUCUUAAUCGUACCUUCCUCGAGAACUACUCGAUGAGGAGCAGGGAAACUUCCGCGAUCGACCAGAUGCAGAUAGAGUUCAAAUGCUGCGGAGCCCUGAGAUUCGAGGAUUGGCUGGUAAGCGAGUGGCACAAGGACGAGGAGGUCCUGAAAGACGGGGUUGUGGUGCCGGAAAGCUGCUGCAAGACGCCUACGUCACUUUGCGGAAAGAGGGAUCAUCCGUCGAACAUCUAUUUCACGGGUUGCAUCUACAAGUUCCUGGAGACGACGAAGGAUCACCUGAUAAUUCUGGGCGCGGUAGGCAUGGGGCUGUCUGUACUGGAGCUAUUCGGUAUAGUACUCGGCUCGUGCCUCUACAUAAAGCUCAGGCACGACUUCGACGACUGAGGAUUGCUUCAAGUCCGCGAGAGCAACAACAACGGCCGCUCCUGGUGCAGAUACAUGCAGAACGGCGCUGGAACCGUUUGAUCGUCGGCCCGGAAGCGUGGAAAGAGGAGAAGCAGGAGGAGGAGUGGCCGUCUUCCCUCGUUCAUCAUUCAGGAUUUCCUACCGUCUCUAACUCUUCCAG